AUGAUCAAGCAGAUAUUUGGGAAAUUGCCUAGAAAACAUUCGAAAUCAUCGCAUAACGACCCGAAUCCGAACAAGGAAGGUGGGGUUAAUUCAUAUUACAUACCUAAUUCGACGAAACCGUCGUCGAAUUCACAUGGAGAAAAUGGGACUCUUGCUCCUUCAUCAACAAGCUCUAACAACAACAGAGCCAAUCAGGUCAGUAAUGGUGCGUUCUCGGUCUCUGGGGUUUAUGAGGCUUUGCCAAGCUUUAAGGAUGUUCCUAGCACUGAGAAACCUAAUCUGUUUAUCAAGAAAUUGAGUAUGUGUUGCAUUGUGUUUGACUUUAGUGAUCCUUCCAAGAAUCUCAAAGAGAAAGAGAUCAAAAGGCAGACUUUACUAGAGCUUGUUGAUUAUAUUGCAACGGUUUCUUUAAAGUUUAACGAUGCUGCGAUGCAAGAGAUCGCGAAGGUGGCAGUGGUUAAUCUGUUCAGGACGUUUCCUUCUGCGAAUUACGAGAGGAGAGUUUUAGUAACGGUUGAUAUGGAUGAUGAGGAACCUGCGCUAGAACCCGCUUGGCCUCAUCUUCAAGUUGUCUAUGAGCUUCUUCUCAGAUUUGUGGCCUCGACCAUGACUGAUGCGAAGCUUGCAAAAAGAUAUAUCGACCAUUCGUUCGUCUUGAAGCUCUUGGAUUUGUUCGACUCUGAAGACCAAAGAGAGAGGGAAUAUCUUAAGACCAUUUUGCACCGGAUAUACGGGAAAUUCAUGGUGCACCGACCUUUUAUCAGAAAGGCGAUAAACAAUAUCUUCUACAGAUUCAUUUUCGAAACCGAAAAGCAUAACGGCAUUGCAGAGUUGCUUGAGAUUCUCGGAAGUAUAAUCAACGGUUUCGCUUUGCCAUUAAAAGAAGAGCAUAAGCUCUUCCUAGUCCGGGUGUUGAUUCCACUCCACAGACCUAAAUGUGCUUCGGCCUAUCAUCAACAGCUUUCGUAUUGUAUUGUUCAGUUUGUAGAGAAAGACUUCAAGCUUGCUGAUACUGUCAUUAGAAGCCUCCUAAAGUAUUGGCCUGUUACUAACAGUUCAAAGGAAGUUAUGUUCCUUGGGGAGUUGGAAGAAGUUUUGGAAGCAACUCAAGCAGCUGAGUUUCAGCGAUGUAUGGUUCCUUUGUUCCGUCAAAUCGCCCGAUGUCUCAACAGUUCACAUUUUCAGGUAGCUGAAAGAGCUCUGUUUCUGUGGAACAACGAUCACAUAAGAAACUUGAUCACUCAAAACCAUAAAGUGAUCAUGCCAAUCGUGUUCCCGGCAAUGGAGAGAAACACGAGGGGCCAUUGGAACCAAGCGGUUCAGAGCCUGACUUUGAAUGUGAGAAAGGUAUUGGCAGAGACAGACCAAGUUCUGUUUGAUGAAUGCUUAGCCAAGUUCCAAGAAGAUGAAGUGAAUCAAACCAAAGUUGUAGCCAAACGGGAAGCAACAUGGAAGGUUUUGGAAGAUUUGGCAGCUUCCAAAUCCGUAAGCAACGAGGCAGUGCUCGUCCCAAGAUUCUCAUCAUCAGUUACUCUUGCGAGUGGAAAAACCUCUGGUAGUUGA